AUGAAAGUUGCCUCCAUGGCAGAAGAAGCAGGAUGCUAUGGUACGGCAUGUCACGAAGUGAUGAGACUUACACAACAAUGGCAAUGUCUCUGGGGCUCCUUGGAAUAUGAUCAUGGGAAGGCCAAAGAUGAGACAAUUGUUCUCACGGCAUAUGAAGCUAGAAUGAGAAGAGAGAGAGACGAGCCUGGCAGCUCGAGGACUCCGGCUGGAUUCUCGGGCGAUGACCUCUUUUUAUUUUCUAUUCUCCUUAUUAUCGGUAUACACUCUCUCCUUUGUUUAUUGUAUCGUGAUUUUCCAAUACAGCUUAUUAAAAAGACGCUCUGGUUGUUUGCCACAGUGAGGUCCGUUAAUGACACUCAUUUUAAGAGCUCGCACCCAUGGACCUUGGAUGUACAGAACCAGAGCCGUCUUGAGAGAGCUUAGAU